ACUUAAGCAGCUGUGCUUCUGGUGUCUCUCAAACACAAGACCAGCUUCACACCAUGUUUGUUCUGGGUCUGCUCACCUGUAUUGCUCUGAGAGCAUUCAGUGCUCAGGCAAAAGUGGUCGAGACCUUUGAUGAGUGUAGCGAGUUUUUCUACAAACACACAGAACCAGAAGGAAUGGAUCAGAAUGCCAAGAGAAUCUGUCAGAAGCUGGAAAAUAGAGGCUUUUAUUAUGCUACACUGUACUUCAUUCCUUACAAGAUUCCUCUCUACAGUGCCUACAUAUUGGAUCCUUCAUGCUCAAGCGACACUUCAAGAUCAGACGACUGGCACCUCGAGCCACAGAUUUCCAAACCUGAAGCCCAAAUUGAUCAUAUGGUCCGUGAGAAUCAAAGGAGUCGAGAGGAUUAUUUUGAAAAUCAAGCCAUCAGCAGCGACUACAGUCUCACUGGAUAUGAUCGAGGACACCUGAACCCCAACAGCUUCUCAUGUGGUGAAGGCCGUACAGCAACAUUUACACUGACCAAUGCAGCACCUAUGGCACAGCGUUUCAACCAAGUCCACUGGAGGAGAUGGGAGGGCACGCUGAGGAGUUAUUUAAUACAGAAGCUUAUCAGUGAUAGUGGUUUGGCAACAGCUUUCAUUGUCACAGGUACGGUACCUGAUCGCAAUACAUGGCUACCAAGAACCCCUGGAGAGCGUGUAAGGGUGAACGUGCCCUCUCACAUCUGGACGGCCGUCUGUUAUAAACACAACUUUGAUGAUAGAAAGUCUUUUUCCUUUGGCUUUAUUGGGAGAAACCAUCCGACAGAGCCUGACAUAAGACUGAUGAGUGUAUCAUACCUGAAUAAUGAGCUGAGCUGGAGAUAUGGGUCCUUGAGUGCAAUAAAUAUUUUUGAUGAUGAUUGUUUUGGUGACAAUAAUAAAUUACAAGAGGUUCAGGUUAAGUUUCAGAAACUAAUUAAUCUACCAGUGAACAAUGCAGUCAAAACAUGCUUGGUCAUACAAAACACAAAUCUGCUAGAGAACAGGGCUGACUGCAGUGACAUCAUAUCUGAAUCCAACAACAACCAGGUGGCGAGUCAUUCAACAGUAAAACUAACCUUCGACAGUAUGAGCUCUUACUACAGAGUGACAGAGGAGCUGAAGGUUUUUGCUGGAAGUGUUUGUCUUUUAACUCACGCCAAAACACAAGUGAGGAUAAUGCAUGAUGAGCUCAGAAAAAGGGAGGUAUCUGCAGGCUCAGAUGCUGUUCAAUGCCAGCUGGUCCCAGAGAAGCAGAUUGCAGCUGAUGGCUCGCCCUGCUCAAGCAUCUCUGACUCUGGUUAUGGCUGUCACUGUGACACAGGAGGAGAAACCAAGCGCUGCUGCUCUUCUCCCUGUCUGUACCAGGAUGAUCUCAAGGGCUACAGGUGUUACUCAGGCCAGGAACUGAUAGCGUGUUCACCCCCGUACUCACUCAUCACGUAUGAAGGAGAUAGAUGCAAGGAUGAUCACCCCUGCGGCACAUACGGUGAGGACUACUACUGGUGUUACAAAAUCUCUGGCAGCUGGGAUUACUGCAGUCCUCCACUGUGGAGAAGUAAGGCUAAAAACGGGCAGUACUGCCCCAACAACAACGCCUGUGCCAAAUAUGGUGAAAGUUAUAGGUGGUGCUACACAGAUUAUGAAGGCAAUUAUGACUACUGCUGUACUUCUGAUGACUGCUACUCCACUGUGAGUGACCAAACCUGCAAACCUAGUCACCCCUGUGGCAAACAUGGUAAAGAUUACCUGUGGUGCUGGACCACUGAUGGCAGCUGGGAUUAUUGCUGCACAAGCUGUGGUUAGUUGGUUUAAAUUACCAUUAUUACUAAAGCAGCACUUCACAAUGUUCAUUGUAAUUGUACUUGAAGUGCUUACUAACCGAGAGACUCUUUCUAACAUAAAAAGUAAGACUCUCUGUGCUUCUAUAAAUAUAUUUUAGAAAAUACAUUUUCCUAAUGAUUUUUAUGCAAAAACAUACAGCUUAAAAAAACUAUAAAUUUUCAAAUUCAUACAUAAAUACUUUGUUUUUAGUAAAAAUCUUUGAUAUACUGUAUAUGAGUGUGAACAGAUCCACACAAAACUUACAGAGCAAUGUGAUUUUCAUGAAGCAAAAUUCAAACUGUGUCCAUGUUAAUGUGCUCAGACUCAUUGUUUAAAAGCAGCUUCACAGAAAGAAAUCAUACUUUAGUGUUUAUAAUGUCUUUAAAGUUCCUGCUGUCGACUGGCGCUGCUGCAGUAUGUUUUAACAAUGAGACUGUUGUGCUGCCAUCAGUAACCUGUAAUGUCUUUAUUAAAUCACAAUGUCUUCUGUCACUUUACAUGUCACUUACUCAGACAAAACACCAAUAAACACGUGUCGCAUAA